GUUCUUUCGGCACAGAGGUUCAGCUUGCUUCGCCACGCCCACAAACACACAGACAUGGCGGAAGCCGAGGCCGUGUACCGCUAUGAAUCCGGACAAAUCGCGCAUGCUCCCAAGAAAGAUUACGGUCCUUUGGACUUCACUGGAAAAAUUGCGGGGGGGCUGCGACUCGACAUCCGCAGGCGGGCGCCGCUGUAUUGCAGUGAUUGGACGGAUGCCUUCACACCGGAGAACUUCCAAAAGUCGGUGUCGUCCAUCUUGUAUCUGUUCAUCGCAGCCCUUGCCCCUGCGAUUACGUUCGGCAGUCGGUUCCUUGACGGCACGAACGGCCAGUUCGGAGUGAUGGAAAUGAUUAUGAGCACAUGUAUCAGUGGUUUGAUCUUCUCGACAUUUUCCGGUCAGCCCCUUUCGAUUUUGGGAGCUACCGUGGCGGUAUUCGACUUGUGUGCUCUCAUGAAGCACGUCACUAUGUUCAGCGAAGACAUCUUCGCUGGAUUAAUCUCGCUCAUUUUCAUCAUCGAUGGAGCCCGGCCGAUCAUCGAGAAUUUCACGGAAAGCAGGCUGACGCUGACAAACUGCAUGUUUGAAGCUCUCUUGUUCAUUUGGACAUUUGGCCUAGCGACAUACUUGUCAAGCUUCCGCCGAAGCCCUUGGACUUUCCGUUUUGUUCGCAACUUUGCGGCCAAUUUCGCGGUGACCAUCGCCUUGGUUAGUGGCUCCGCGUUGGCCGCAAUUUACUCCAACGACACAGGCUUGAGAAUGUUGCAAGUGGACGCAGACUUCUCGCCAAACUUGAGCCUGUCCGAUGGCAGCAAGCGGCCGUGGAUCAUUAACCCCGCCGGCAUGGACCGUCCCUUCCCGGCUUGGGGCAUUGCUUAUGCGAUCCUCCCGGCGAUUGGCUUCGCAGUCUUGGGUUACCUGGAUCAGAAUCUCACUUCUGUGAUCGUGAACAGACCCUCCAAAGGUCUGAAGAAGCCGGCUGCAUAUCACCUUGACUUGUUGCGCAGCUAUUAG